CUGUUAGCUGUGCACGCAGUAACGACAGCCGCAGCCUCUCACACCACGAGUACAGAUCCCAGGAUACAGAGCCACCCACAGGUCCACUGCUCCAGUGGUGCGCUUCCAGGGAGAAGACGAACGAACAAAUUAUCCCACACUUCGAUAUUACGGACCCAGAGACAAUGCAGGAUGCACAACAGCAAGAGCAGAAUUUCAUCAGGGCUGUUAUCCCACAGCUCAAAAAUGGAAUUGAGCAUUUUGAAACCGUUGCAACCAUUCUGCUGGCCUAUGAUGAGUCAAAGACACUAGUGCUGCAGCAAGCUAUUGUUCAGGCCAAAUGGAGCCUAGAAUGGGCAGAAUCUGCUGCGUCCAGUCAGCUGUCGCAGGUGGAUGCACUCACAGAGAGUCUGACCGCCAGGAAAGGAGAACUGGACCGUGAGCAGAUAAAUAAAGUGAAAGAACUGGAAAACUUGGAAACAGAAAGCCAAUGCAUAGCUGACUGCAUGGAGACGUUCAGAAAGUCUCUAGAUGAUGCUCGGAGAGCCCGAGAUUCUGCUCGGGGAAUUCUUGAAGACCUUGAAAGAAAGCAGAGGGUGACUGAGGCCGUGCGGGAUGUUGCAAUCGGAAUAAUGUUCAUCCCCAUCAUCGGAACCAUCCCUGGUGCCAUCAUUGCUCUGGUCUCUCAGGUAGAGUUGGACAAUGCCAAAUCAGCAAUACGUACAGCAGAGGAAGAAGUGGAAAACUCUGAAAGAGAAGUUAAUAAUUAUUAUUAUAAGUUGGAACAAAAAAAAAGGCAAUGUACAAAAAAGAAGGAUGAGAUUGCACAGUGCAGCAGGACCAUAGAGCAGAUUAAGCAGAGCCUAGCGCAGGUUUAUACACAGCGCACCAACAUCGCCCGAGCGCAGGAGAAACUCAGGAACGCCCUCUACAUGUUAAGCACCCUGGCUGGUAGAGCGAGCGUCGCUACGACCCUCACUCAGCGCACCAACAUCAACCCAAUGCAGGAGAUACUCUGGAGCGGCGCCAACAUGUUAAACACUCUGGCUGCAAGAGUGAGCGUGGCUACAACCCACACUCAGCGCACCAACAUCAACCCAAUGCAGGAGAUAUUCUGGAGCGGCGCCAACAUGUUAAGCACGCUGGCUGCAAGAGCGAGCGUGGCUACAACCUACACGCCGCAAGUCAUCUGCCUGCCCCCUGUGGUGAACAUACUGGGAGAGAUCAUUGAACUCAUGCUUCAAAUGCAGGGAGAUAGAAGAUAUGAGCUCCUCAGUGAUCCACAAGUCAAAGCUGCCAUCCUUAGCCUGCAGGAACUCCACCAGAAAGUUUCAGCCAUCGAUGACGAGCAGACAUUAAAUGAAAUUCAGUUUUAUUGAUUGAGAUGUACACCCAUGACACAUUCCCACAGGGUACACAUAGUGAGCUCCAGAUUUAUCACAUGCAGUGGGGUCUAAAAGUCUGAACAUUUUCCUUACAACUUAUAUUACCAGCAUAACAAUUGGAGUGAAAAGUUAAAUCUUUGAAAAAUGUACAUGAAUUUCAGAAUUUCUUAGUAUUUGGUAUGCCCCCCUUUUGCUUUAAUGGCAAUGUGCUCUGGAGCUGGCACAGACUCCACAGGAUCCAUGUUAUUCCAGCCUGACAAUGUUCCAAAGAGCACCUUGUGUUGUUACUGAAUGCUUGGCUUUUGUCAGUCUUGAAGUGCCCCCAUAAAUAUUCACUGGGGUUGAGGUCAGGUGAUUGUGGAUUGUGCUGAACUCCUUUCUCUUCUCUUCUUUCGUAUAUCGUCAGAUGGCCAACUCAGUGUCAUGCAG